AUGGAAUCCUGCAAAACUGAAUAUCAUCGUCCAGCAUCGCUUGAAGUCAUCAAGAAUGCAGAAAGACCACCACCUGUCACCUACUACAGGAAGCACGACGCGCACGAUCGUCGUCCCAGCCACGUCAACUCGUCCCAAGACAGGCAAGCAGUUGCUAGUGAGCAAGCUAAUCAGAGAUGUCUGUCUAAUCAGAGAUUUUCACAAGAUGUGGGUCCAGUCUGCAAAUGGUCCUCUAGAGGUGAAACAUCUCACAACAUCUUUGGAUAUCCCCCUAAACCUUUCAAGGGAACUCGGCAGAGAAGCAUUUGCAAUCGGAAACAAAAAACAUCAAGCCACGAGAAGGAUUGCUCAAGCAUGGAGGAACGAGUUGCCAAAGCGAAGCAAGUAGAGGACCGUCUAGUGCACGAAAGAAAGUUUGGAGAAGUUGAGAAAGAUGGCACCACCAUUAAGUUCCAUCACCGCACAUAUGCAAGCCAUCACUCCAAUGUGGUCAUUCUGUGUGAACUCACCAAACGAAACAGGAUCAAGAAUCAGAAGCAGAGCAGAGAGAAACCAGACCCACUCACACACAAAGACUUUCACAAAUGA